GACAACAUUGCAGACCCUAUGUAACUCACUCGAGGAAUAUAUGAAUCGUCUUUGGGUCCAUCUGGCCGCUUUGAUCGGGGUAUCAACGUCAUUCGGCGCGGAGUAGUACGACAACAAACGCUCGCCUCCUCGACGCCAAAUUGUUGAUGUGUUGUGACUGGUAUUACAGUUAUUCGGACAUUGUGACCCCAAUUCGUCGUCUUUUUAACUUGUUCUGAAUGGAAUUAACGCUAUAAGAUCACCUGUUUACGACCGCUGUUCUUGUAAUGUAUUCAGAGCAUGGUGAGCAACGGCUACAGUGGCCCCAGCAGCGGCGGGGGCAGUACGUUUGACAAACUGGAGGACGCAAUGUCAACCCUGAACAGCCUGUUCUCCUUCACGAGCCCCGCCGUGAAGAAGCUGCUAGGCUGGAAGCAGGGUGACGAGGAGGAAAAAUGGGCCGAGAAGGCAGUCGACUCACUCGUCAAGAAGCUGAAGAAGCGAAAGGGGGCCAUUGAAGACCUUGAGAAGGCCCUGUCUUGCCCGGGUCAACCAUCGAAGUGUGUCACUAUUCCGCGGUCCCUGGACGGAAGGCUGCAGGUCUCACAUCGAAAAGGCCUUCCUCACGUUAUCUACUGUAGAGUCUGGAGAUGGCCAGACCUGCAAAGCCACCAUGAACUCAAGCCCCUCGAGUGCUGCGAAUACCCCUUCUCAGCAAAACAGAAGGAAGUAUGCAUAAAUCCUUACCACUACAAGAGGGUUGAAAGUCCGGUUCUGCCGCCGGUGCUGGUUCCCCGUCACAGCGAGUACCCUCCGGGGGGCCACACAAUGAUUCCCCCGGUUUUCCAACAAGUGGCUGAGUCUGGCAUGCCCCACAACGUCAGCUUCUCUGCACAAGGCUUCAGUGCAGCCACUUCGGGAUCCUCUGCCACGACGGGGGUAGCAGUUGCAGUGGGAACCAAUGCAGCUGCAGGCGUUCCCUCACCAGGCCCCAGCCUUGGCAGCUCCGCUCCUAACAGCCCGUUUGGAUUGCCUGCAGACACUCCUCCGCCAGCUUAUUCAGCUCAGGACGACAGUCAAUCUGCCACUGAUGACCAGCCCCAAUCAAUGGACACAUCGACUGUUCCUCCUGACGUGUCCCCGGUCACCUACCAAGAACCGCAGUAUUGGUGCACCAUUGCUUACUAUGAGCUGAACUCGAGGGUGGGUGAAAUCUUCCACGCACAGAGCCACAGCAUUGUCAUCGAUGGCUUCACCGACCCGUCAAACAACAGCAACCGCUUCUGCCUUGGCCUCUUGUCCAACGUCAACCGCAACUCGACAAUUGAGAACACACGGCGGCACAUUGGGAAAGGCGUUCACCUGUACUACGUUGGAGGUGAAGUCUAUGCUGAAUGCCUCAGUGACAGUGCCAUCUUUGUACAGAGUAGGAACUGCAACCACUCUCACCAGUUCCAUCCAACCACUGUUUGCAAGAUACCGUCGGGCUGCAGCCUGAAGAUCUUCAACAACAGAGAGUUCGCCGAACUGCUGACCAUGGCCGUCAACAAUGGCUUCGAAGCCGUGUACGAGCUGACCAAAAUGUGCAUAAUCCGCAUGAGCUUUGUCAAGGGCUGGGGUGCCGAGUACCACCGCCAGGAUGUGACCUCGACACCAUGCUGGAUUGAAGUGCACCUUUCCGGGCCCUUGCAAUGGCUUGACAAGGUUCUCACGCAAAUGGGCUCACCGCACAACCCCAUCUCGUCAGUUUCGUGACAAGACCCCUUCUCGUUUGUUUUUUCUACCGGCAGUACUCCCUUUCGUCACCUGGUCCCUGCCAUUCACAGAUCCCCUCCCACCCUCCAUGUUUUACAAGCAGUCUCAAGAACCUACGCAUCUCCCACGAGCGACGCCUUGUCUCGUUUCUUCUUCUGGCAUGCUUUGUGUCGUGUUGUUUUUUGGAGUUGGCUGCACAGCACGUAUGCUGGAAACUGUGUCCUCUGGUUGCGCCACUUGGCUCCAGGUCGGUGCCAUUCUCUCGGGGUGCUAGUGUGAGCGUAAAGCAAGAUGCCUGUCUGUGGUGGUGUGGUUCCCUCGGCUCCACCGUGACAAUUUUUGUUCUUUUCGCAAGCUCCCUCGUGCGUUAUACAAACGCAUGGCACUCAACACACGCAGGCCGAGCGACAGGCGCAGUUCGCGGGGGUUUCACCACUGCGCGGGGACUCGUGUCACAUCUGCUAUUGAUUGAGUGCACAUAUGUGUUACGUGGAUUUUUUUUCUUUUACGUAUGCGAAGAGCCUUGAAGGAUUGUUCUCUGUGUGGUAGUAUAUUGGCACAUACACCGGUACAUAUGUGAAGCUGCGAAAAACGGCAGUUUGGUGGAUGUUCCGUCGUUCUUGUGCUAACGGAUUAACGACGGGACACAGACAAAACCAAGAAGAGACCGGAGUACACGUGCAAAGCAUAGCAACGUUUAUUGAAAGAGGACAAGGAUGAAAGAGUAGCGGGAGUGCCAUAAUUGCGAACGCUUUCGACUUUGUCUUAGGUGCGUGCUGGUAAGACGAGCGCUGGAUAGUCUGUUGCGGCCUGUUGUUGCGAUUAGCACAGGAAAGGUAGCUAUUCAUGGAGCAUUCUCUCUCCUGCUUUAUAAUUUAAAACGGGAAACAGUUUCAUGUGAGAUGCGCUUUGAUUGUGCCCUGUGAAAGAUGGUACAUGUGAACCGCCUUUAGGAGGCGUGGUUAGACACUUUCAGCUUUGACAAGUUGAGAGGCUGCCCCACGAACACCAUUUAUUUUCUCGAAGCACCGAGCAAAGUUUUAUAACCUAAGAUUAGGUAAAUGAUUACGCGACCUUCACAUGGUGAGGUUCAUGAGUGGGACGCGUGGUACGGUUUUGCAUGCAACUGUGCAACUGGUAUUGACAGCCGCAUCCAACAAGUUUCGGGCUGGUUCUAAAGGUUGGGAGUAGCGGUGUUCCCAAGAAUCCCGCACGUCGUAUCAAAUGCCGUGCUGAACCAUGCGUCUCCAGCAUUGCUUGUUUGUUAACAAGCAAUGUGUGUGAAGAAUCUGCACAAGAUACAAGGAACACAAGGAUGGGAUUCUGUACUACCGUUUCCAUGUGUAAGAGUGUAAAGGUGCUAAGGAUUACGCACUCCCCGUCACACCAUUAUUGCAUUUUUUUUUUUGCACCAGCUUAUUGUCGACUUUUGAUAGAUGCUGCUUGUAAUUAUGUGAGUGUGAAUUUUAAAAAGGUGCGUAAAAAUGGUGUGGAAGAAACAAUGUUAGAAAUUGCACGUCUGUCACAUAUUUUCCACUUAUUACCCCCACUCCUCCCUGCCCCUCCCCUGUAUAUACUAUACAUAUAUCUUUUUUUUGUUCGAGUAGUUGUAUGCUGCUGCUACCCACAUAUUGUCACCAUGGGCUUUCCUUGAUCUUAGUGCAGAGUUUUAAUUGGUCUGUUUCGGUUUUGUUGCCCACUAUAGCCACAAUUAUGCAUUGUGUACACUUGGUACACAAUAUUUGUAUGCCACGUUUCUUGGUGGUAUCGUGGAGGCCAACUUUUGGCUUUGUGGAAUUGGUUUCGUUGCCCUCUUGCAGGCCUAAAAACCCCGAGUGCUGCCCACGGACAACUUCUGGGCACUCUGUUCUGUUUAUGUAACCCUCACAGUUGCAUCCUUUUUUGUAUUGCAAGCUUCUCUUUUUCUUUUAAACCUGCCUGCCAUGGACAUCUAUGCUCACCUGUGUCUGCAUUUUAGGGAGGUUCUACAUCGACCAAUGAUUUUUAUCCUCUCUUUGUGCAGUUCAGAGUGCAAAGCGAAAAAAGAAAAAAAAUCAAGGAAGCCCUCAUAACCGUGAAGGUUACUUUGUUUUGUCACGCUGCUAUUGUUGUUGCUGUGCUGAAAUUGUUUGCAACUUCGCAAAUAGCAUUGUUCAGGGUGCCUGAGUGGAAGCCAUUUCUGAGACAUUUAGCAGCCAGGACCCACACUCCAAAAGAAGUGAUUUUUUCAGUGGCAUAAGUUUUAGUAGAUUGGACAAUAGAGAAAGAAAUUUGUGCACCCAGGCAGACUUUUCUGUUGACGUCUAUCUUGUAUCAAGUAGCAGCUGAGUGCGUGGACAAAAUGAGUGGCAGAAAGAUUGCGAUGUAAAUGGGAGCCCGUUGCUAAAGUAAGCCGGGAUAUGCGAAGCAUCACCGAAAGUAAUUGUGUUGAAAUUUCUCCUUUGGAAAAUUCACUUGAGUACAGGUGUGAAAAAGUUUGCUUAGAUUAUUUUCACUCACCCCUGUCUACUACUGGUCAUAGUUAUGCCAAACUGAUAAUCCCGCCUUCAAGGGUAAAGGCUAAUGGCGAGCAGGUUUGGAUUAGAUGAUUAGUCGUGACGCAGAUGUUAGGUGUCCACAGAGCUUUCUGUGUAUACCACCACCAUUGGAGCUCCUAAUACUGUCAUGCGAGCUAUGCUUCUUGAAUAUGCAGGAACAAGGAAAAAAGGUUGCUUAUUCGAGUACGCCUUUUAACACUGGUGUUCUCUUCAAUUGGUUCUAGAAAGCUGCCAGUUUUUAAAUUGAGAUAGCUUUGAAAAAAAGCAUUACUGUAUGUCUGGGCAACACUGCUUUGUUUCAACAAGUGGACCACAGCGGUCUACAGCCCUUCAAAUGCAGGAACAUGUUUGUUGCUGCAGUAGGAUUUUGCUCUUUUGUGGCUGUUAAAGUGAUGGGGCACCAUUUACAGCUAAUGUUCCGUAUUUCAAAUUCAAACUCCCCUGUGAUCAGGAAAUUUUUUUAAAAGUCGGGUAAUGUGAUAAACAAAUGCAUGCCUUUUUACUGCCUUGAGGGUCAAAUUGCCACAGCCACCUCCGAAAUAGCUCUGAAGACCAGAGCCAAUUUCAGGUGUACCAGUUCUUGCACAGUGACAGGACACUAUGGGUUCAUGCGUGUAUGUUUAUAGAACACGUACUUCCAGUGACAGCGUCCCCUUUCCUUUCUUGUUAUGUUCUUCACCGCAAUAUGUUUCAUAUGCUUGACCACUUGAGAGUUCUUCAUUGCAACAAAGCUGAUGUUUGGGAACUGCUACAGGUGCUAGUGGAUUGGCGCGUGAGAGUGCUGGUUCAAGGUUGCAAGAUAUAAUGAAUGCGGCAGCGGCAAUGGCUUCGAUUAAUCAACUUCUGGGAUUUCACUUUUGCUUGACGUAGCAAACAGCGUGAAUGUGUGUCAUAGGAGCCAGGAGGCAUGUUCUGUUUACCGACUUAUCCAUUGGAAGAAUACCGAAAGCAGCAGUAUUCCUGAAUGUGGCAGCCAAGGAAUAUUGCUCCUGUUCCAGACAGCAACAUGUUUACGGUUCUAGUGCACAUCACUGGUAGCAUGCGUUUGAAGUAAAAAACAUAGGUCUGUGGCACAUUACUUUAGAACAUCGUAGGAUCAAGCGACUGUUGUCAUGUUCAGUGACAGUAGCAGAUAGUUUUGUUAUCGUGUCUUUCUUUAUGUUGUGAAAGCAGAUAGGAUUGCUCGUUCUUUUUUCUUUUUUGUGAGGUUCUAUUGUAUACCUCUCCCUUUUGCUACACCCGGGCACUUUUACUGUGAACUUGAUUUUUAGGGCUGUGACUUUAGCUGUAGGCGUCUCUUGCUGCUACCAUUGCAUCUGGGCUUUAAACUCUUGGUAGUGGAUGGAGAAGCGAGGCCUGUCGAAAAUUUUCCUCUUUCGUAACCAUCCUUGGGUUUAGUGCGUUUGGAAAACAAGCUUGGUCCUUAGUAAAUAUUGUUGCCAUUUUUUUUUUCUGGAAGCAUCUGAUCUGAUUGGCACUUUGCCUUGUUUUCGAGGUGAACGCCUGCUUUGCUUGCACGGUGUACUCUCAAUUUUCUGUUCCAUGCUUCUGCGCAAACAGUGUUCAUAACUCUUGCAUAGUAAAGACUAGUAUUGAACAAAGUUACUCUGCGUGCUUCAGCAUUCAUUAAUAGCCGGAUUGGGGAGCUGAGGUAGACGUUGCAAGGCAUCUGGAAAAAAACAAACUCAAGUCACUUCUUGAAUUUUACCGUUUUACUACUGACAAGCUCUCGACUCCAGUAGUGCUGGUGAUUAGCAUCGAAGUGAAAUGAAUGUGUGUGUUUUAACAUUGAUUAUUAGUCAAAUUGGUGGGCGGGCAUACGUUGAAAAAGCUGUUAAUCAGAGAAAUAAUUGAUUCUUGCCGUUAUUCUGUUCAGGCAUUGCUGCAAGCUUGACAAGGUCUCGACAUAAUUGACAAGGCUGGCUUUCACAAACAUAACGCACACUCUGGCUAUCUGGUGCCUGGCUUUGGCCAUUGCUUUGCAUACAUCAAGUGACCUGCCUACAGCAGUGUGUUGACGCAUUUCCUGACUCAUUUUACAUGCACAAGCUUUUGCUACAGUUUUGUUCCUUGCCAACAGAUAUUUUACUGCACAGUUUUUAUCGGGGUCGCACUUUUGGGUAUGUGUUGUCGUGGAUGUUCUCCGAGGGUGCCACUACAAUUUUCGGCUUUAGGCCCAAUUUCAGCAACAGCAGCUUUCACAUUGGCAUUUUUUCCUCGCCUCUUUGAUUGAGCUGCUUUGAGCAAUUGUACUGAGCAUUUCGGUUUGUGUGUGUUCUUGGUUCCAUUGUUAUACAAAGUGAAGGUUGAUGCAAUAAGUCUUACUCUUGAAUGCUGCAUUAUUGUUGUAUUAUACAGUUUUUUGUCAGAUUUCUUUGCUGCAAUAUGUUUGAACAAGAUCUACAGUUGUUCAUUUGUGACAAGAAAAAAAAAGUUUAUGCAUGUAAUAUAGCACAUAAACAUUUGCAUUUUUUUUUCCGUUGCAAUGUAGCAUUUUAACUUUUUAACGAUAGCGCGUUGAUACUGCUCUCGUGUACUUUUCACACUGUGUAGCAAGUUUGCAUUAGUAAGGCAAGUGUUGUUGCAUGCUGGUCGUUGUUGCCAUAUGUGCUAAUGUGGUCGGAGGUGUUCUUUCGUAUGUAUAGUCAUUCACUGUGCUGGUGCUGAGCACAAUGGAUAUAUAUGUAGCACACGUCGUACACAUUUUGUGUGUAGCGUACAUUUACACACCAAGAUGCGGGAGAAAUGUGCGUGACCUUGCCUUUCUUUUAGUUUCUUAUCAUUUGUAAAUGUUUCCAGAUUCCCGAGCAGCCUUGUAGCGUGGCCUGUCUUCGCAAAGUUUUUCUUUAAUCUUCUUCCAUGAAUGUGAUUGAGGGCACAAGAAAAGCAUGCCUUCAGUUUAACUUCAUUGUUGUUGCGCACACAUACCCGCUCCUUUUUGCUGUUUAUCAGAGGUGCUAUGCAGAGAAAACAAACUACGCUUGAGCAUUACAUUGUGUGGAUUCUUCCAUCCAGCAAAUGAUUUUGCAAAGAGCAGCCUUUGAUAUGCCUUCUCUUUUCUAAAAGCUUAUAUGAGAUUAUUAUUGCUACGUGCCUUCAGCAAGAAGAGCUGUUUUUUACCAAUUCAGUGCCGCACUUUUUUGUGCCAUUUUUGCGUGCUGCUACUGAACACAGCCACAUUCGGUGCUAGCCAACCGUGUGAACAGUUUGUUACGGUUCACUUUUCCUUAGCCGCGUUUUUUUUGCAGGAGCAUGUCACAUUCGUGUCCUCAAGCUUGGCGGCUUUGUACAGUUUAUAUUUGAAGCAGUUGAGUGCAGAGCGAUGUGUGUGCGUGUGUGUGUGUGUGUGGUACCCUUCCUUUCGUAUUUGACUGUAGCAGAAAAUAAAA